UUCAGCCCUAUGGGAAUUUCUCCUCCCAGCAAGCUACUGUAGCGUCAGCCAGAGUAUAGAUGCAAAGGCAGCAGCAGCAGCAGCAGCAGCGGCAGCAGUGUGGCAGUAGCAGUGACUUGGCUCAGGCGUCAGGCAGCCUCUCAGUGACAUUCUGCUUCAACUUGCCUGAGAGGCGGCACACUUCACCCAGCUCAGCUCACACUGGGAGGAAAAGUUCUCUCUCGUCUUCUUCCUUUGGCUCCCAUGCAGAUUCUACUAAUUUAUGAAUGACCGGGGAAGGAUGCUCUGCAACUUGAGGAUACUUUUCUCAUCUGGACACACGGUGGCUGUGCUGGACAGCUGAUGGGGAACAUGAUGCUCUGUUCUGCUGCGCCUCUUGAGCAGGGAUGACUGAAGCCUUCUGGUGUCCACUUCUCCUCCUCCUACUCUUCGUCCUCUUUCUCCUCUGCCAUUGUGCUCUCCUCUGGCAUGCGAGGGUCAAGUCGGCAGGAUUUCUCAUCCACCUCAAUCCUCCCUCCAACUGUGUUGUGAUCCUGUUCCUCAGCGCCACACUUGACCUGAAGGCUUCCCAGGCAAAACAAAGGGAUUAACUAUGAACUUUGCUCUCACCAGGAGACACAGUCUGCCCUUAAACAGAAAACUGUGAGAUCUGAGGAAAGUCAACUGAGAUCUUCCUGAAAAUGACUAAUCCAAACAUUCUUAUCAUGCUUGGAUGCUAAUAACAACAAGAAGACCAUGGAAGGAGAGAGCAUACUAAACUCCACUGUAAAUGCCAGUACAAUGGAUAUCCAGCUGGUCACUCAUAGUCUGUGGGAGGUGAUCACUAUUGCCACUGUGUCAGCUAUAGUCAGCCUCAUAACCAUUGUGGGUAAUGUCCUGGUGAUGCUCUCUUUCAAAGUUAACAGCCAGCUAAAGACAGUGAAUAAUUACUACCUGCUGAGUCUGGCAGCUGCUGACCUCAUCAUAGGUGUUUUCUCCAUGAACCUCUAUACCUCUUAUAUACUGAUGGGCUACUGGGCCUUAGGGAAUCUUGCCUGUGACCUGUGGUUGGCAGUGGACUAUGUAGCCAGUAACGCUUCUGUCAUGAACCUGUUGGUGAUCAGUUUUGACAGAUAUUUUUCCAUCACCAGACCUCUGACCUACAGGGCCAAACGGACUCCCAGACGAGCUGGGAUCAUGAUAGGUUUAGCCUGGCUGGUGUCACUUGUUCUGUGGGCUCCACCUAUUAUCUGCUGGCAGUACUUUGUAGGGAAAAGGACUGUCCCUGAGAGGCAAUGCCAGAUCCAGUUUUUCUCUGAGCCUGUGAUAACCUUUGGGACAGCGAUUGCUGCCUUUUAUAUCCCUGUAUCAGUCAUGACAAUCCUUUACUGUCGGAUUUACAAGGAGACGGAGAAGAGGACCAAAGAUCUGGCGGAGCUACAGGGUAUUAACUAUCCCACAGACUCUCGGGUCACCCAGCCCCAGAAAACCAUUAUCAGAUCCUGUUUUAGCUGUAAAUUAAGGUCAGCUUCACAUGACAGGAACCAAGCCUCUUGGUCCUCCUCCAGCAGAAGCAAUGCUGCCAAAUCGGCAGCCACCACCAAUGACGAGUGGUCAAAAGCCGGUCAGCUGACCACCUUCAACAGUUAUGCCUCCUCUGAGGAUGAGGACAGACCUGUGUCUCCAGGGGGUUUCCAGCCCUCCUUCAGGAACCAGGCUUGUGAGACCAUCAAGAGUGGUGUGGGCAGUGAGAGCGAGCAGCUCAGCAGCUACGAUGAGGAUAGCUUCUUCCAGACGCCACCCAAAAGCAACUCUCAGAAGAGCAGCAAGUGCGUGUCCUACAAGUUCAAGCCCGUGGCCAAAGAUGCUCAUGUGGAGCACCACAGCAAAAAUGGAGACACAAAAAUGGCGUCGUCAACGUUCUCCUCAGCUGAGUCCAUGAGCGUUCCAUCCACCUCCUCCACGUCUAAGCCCAUAGACGCCACGCUGAAGAACCAGAUCACCAAGAGGAAGAGGAUGGUGCUGAUCAAGGAGAGGAAGGCAGCUCAGACUCUCAGUGCCAUCCUGCUGGCCUUCAUCCUAACAUGGACGCCUUAUAACAUCAUGGUGCUUAUUUCCACCUUCUGCUCAGACUGCAUUCCCCUCUCACUCUGGCAUCUGGGCUACUGGCUGUGCUACGUUAACAGCACUGUCAAUCCCAUGUGCUACGCACUUUGUAACAAGACUUUCCAAAAGACCUUCCGUAUGCUCUUACUUUGUCAGUGGAAGAAGAAAAGGAUUGAGGAGAAACUGUACUGGUAUGGACAAAACCCUGUGGUCAGCUCCAAACUGACAUAAACUGUUAUUUUUUUAAGAUGGUGUAUGAUGAUGGCUGUAAAUUAUAUGUUUGUAUUAUUAACCCUGGCGUCAUGAAGCUGAAUUCUACAUAUUAGGUGAUAUAGAAAAUAAAAAUACUAUAUCAAGGAGCUAGUACGAUUUGUAAUGUGGCUCAUUAAUCAGUAGGUCUACUAUAGUGUAUGUUAAUUACUGCUCAAACUUUGGAAAAGAGAGAACAUUAUAAAAUUGUCCCAAUAUAAUUAGUCACACUGUAAAUAGAUUCUAAAAUAUUAGAAAUACCUGUAAUUUCUCCCAGAAUUGAUGCUCUUUUGCAGGUAAUCCCAUCAAUUAACACAU